AUGCCUCAUAUUACGGUCGCUGAUGAGGAAAAAUUAAAGUUAUUUAAUUUGUAUGAAAGUGGUAGAGAGUUAGAGAUUGGGUUUAGAAGUUGGGAAAUGUUUGAAUAUCCUCUUUUACAAAAAACUCAACAGCAUACUUGGAGUGUUAAAUCAGCAACACAGCUCGAAAAACCUCGCUACAUUAUUGUUGCUUUUCAGACUGAUCGUAAAAAUGAUUUUAAUAAAAAUAAUGGAUAUUUUGAUAACAUAUCCUUGCACAAUUUUCGAUUAUUCUUGAACAGCAACAUGUGGCCAUAUGACCAAUUAUUAUUGAAUUUUGAUAAAAACCAAUAUUCUUUAUUGUAUGAAAUGUAUUCAAACUUUCAACAAUCAUAUUUUGAAAAAGAAAACGAACCUCUUUUAUCACCUCAGGAAUUUUUAAAAAUGGCUCCAAUUGUUGUAAUUGAUUGCUCGAGACAAAAUGAUAUUCUAAACUCUGGCACUGUUGAUAUUAGAGAACUGCUACGCACUUUGGAUCCUGAUGGAGUUAGACUACGUCAGCGACGUCGUCUACGAAGGAGACAAUACUACAAUAAAGGCCCCAAUUUUCUCUGGCAUACCGAUUGUUACUAUAAACUGAAGCCAUUUGGAAUUUGUAUAACUGGUUGCAUAGACGGAUUUUCUCGUUAUAUUAUCUGGUUGAAAGCUGGACCAAAUACCAACGGCCCUUCGGUAAUUGCUUAUCAUUUCAUGCAAACAGUUACAAUUAAAGGUGGAUGUCCACAGACUUUACGCGCCGAUUUGGGUACUGAAAAUGUCAUCAUUGAACGAAUACAAACAAAUCUAAAACUGGAAAGACCGGAUGCGCUAUCACAUCUUCCAGGAUUCUUAUAUGGAACAAGUCAUGCAAAUCAACGCAUAGAGGCGUGGUGGUCAACCUUAAGAAAACAUCAUUCGCAAUUUUGGUUGAAUGUAUUUCAUACUUUAAAGGAUGAGGGCUCAUUCUCAGGAGGCCUAAUGGAUAAAUCACUUAUACAAUUUUGCUUCUUAGAUAUUAUAAAGGAGGAACUUGAUACUGUUGUCCUAGAAUGGAAUACGCAUAGAAUAGCGCGUUCUAGAAAUAGCAUUGCACCUUAUGGACGACCAUUCAUGAUGUAUAACAGACCUCAAGAUUUCAUGUCCACCGACUACUUACAUCCUGUAAGCAUUGAGAUGACAGAACUUUGGUUGGAAACAAUACAAGACUCACUUCAGAUUAUGACGUGUACCAGUUGGCUGCAAUAA